CCAUCGCGCAGGCAUUUCACGCGACCGUUGCGUGCCCCCGACCGUUGGGUGUCGUUCCUUCGGUGACGUGUGCAGCCGAGCGGACGUAUACGCUCUUCGGGAAGCGCCGAUCUCUCACCUCAAGCCACACCGCCUCUUAAGGUCGCCUGUUCCUCCUUUGACGUGUGAAAUCUUCCAGCGCUUCGAAAGUAGGCCUCCGCCUCUGCACCGAGUGCGGUGUUCCAGAUGAUUUCCAGACGACAGGGUUCCAGACGACACGUCGCGCUGUAAAAAGCACCGCGUGCUGCCGCAGCACUGCACCCCUGCUGAAGAUCCCCUGCCUCUGUUCCUGGACCGUUCUCCGGCUUCGAGCGAAUAAUCCACUCCAGCCAUGACUGAGAUGUCUGAGAUGUCGUCAAUCGGAGGCGACGGGCUCUCCGGGAUUGAGUCGUCGGCCAUGAGCGAAAGUGGGAUGGCCGUCGAAGACGCUGCAGAAGGGGACAUCUUUGGAGGAGGCGGUGGCAGUGGCGGUGGAGGGGGCGGUGGAAGCAGCGGUCCGUCUGCAGGGGAUCGAACUACGGCAACGUCGGAUGUCUCGCCUACUGAUGUCUCAAUGGACGUACCUGAUGUUCCCCCACCUGAUGUUCCCCCACCUGGUGUCCCCCCACGUGGUGUCCCCCCACCUGGUGUCCCCUCACGUGAUGCCCCCCCACCUGGUGUCCCUACGCCAGCAAUCCCUCCACCGGGAGUCCCUCCCCCAGCAAUCCCUCCUCUAGCUGUAAGUCCGCGAGCUGCACCUCCGCGACCUACACCUCUGCCAGCUGUCCCUCCACCAGGAGUACCUCCCCCAGUCAUGCCUCCUCCACCUUUGCCGUCACCUGCUACGCCAAGUCCUACGCCAAAACCUACGCCAAAACCUACGCCAGAACCUACGCCGAAACCUACGGCAAAACCUACGGAAAAACCUACGGCAAAACCUACGCCAACACCUACGCCGAAACCUACGCCAACACCUACGCCGAAACCUACGCCAAAACCUACGCCAAAGCCGACGCCCAAACCAACGACAACAGCUACUACGAGGUCAUUCUCGGUCAACGAGCUGGUCUGCACGGUGGGUGCCUACGCGGUCUACCCCAGCAUGAUCCCGACGGACGGCCUGUGCCAUUAUGUCUACUACAGCGACGUCAUAAUGGCUCGCGACACCCUGCACGGCGACCUGGUCCCUGAAAGCUGGGCGACGUUCCAGAGUGAGAUGGGGACGCGCAGUCGCACCUCUGGUGGCAUCGGCUUCGAUAUCCGGUACUCAACCGCUGCUGGGGUCAGCGCAGGGAUAGAGAAGCAGCUAAGAGAACUUGCGAACAAAAACAUCAAGCACUAUGGUGUGCUGAACCUGUUGCAGAAAGCGGCGAAGAUGAAGAACAUGUACAGCAAAGCAAAAGAACUUCUUAAAAAACUGAAAGGGGUCCAAGGCAACGACGCGACGAGAAAAACGUUAUUAGCUUUCGGAAUAUACAAUUACCGGGAAAAGGACGCGUAUACAAUCCUGCAGGACAUUUUUACUGACGCUAUCAACAACCACGUGGCGGACACGGUCAUCAUAUACAGUUCGGUGGGGUGGAUUGAGACAGAAGGAGUGUGCUACAGCCACCCAACUUCCGUUUUCGACAAGAGUGAUUUCAAGGGAUCGUCGGCUGACAAGGAAGCCGACCGGGCACCUUACAUCAGCAAGAUUGCGCAGUUUAUGCGCAGAACCGUUCGGUACACAUCGGACACCAAGAUGGGUCUUUCGUUCGAGCUCGGCACACUCGUCUACACUUUGAAGAAGCCUUAUUCGGGCAACAUCGUCACGGACGAUAUGGUCAACGCUGAGUGCACCGUACUCGUCGUCACCAGCCUGGACGUUGCGCCUUGCAAGUCGGAUUUGCAGCAGAGGCGAGUUGAGCUAUUCCGUCACGUCAAUGUCGCACAAGUGAAAGGCGAUAAGAAGAAGGCCAUGUUCUUCGAGAGCGAGGACACCCUCAGACUAAAGUGCCUGAAACUGGCCCGGAAUGCCACCUUGCUGCGGGCGGACAUGUCCUUGUUGCUGGUGAACGCCCACCUCGGGGACCCUACCAAGAGCUGCCCCGGUCGGGACGGUCGUGAAAGGGGCGAGAUAUUUUGGCGUAUCGAAGUGGUCAAGGCAACGCUCAAUAUAACGUGACGCCGAGCCGUGAGCAUGCAGCUUGCGAGAAGUUCCGGACUGUGUGGCGCCAGGGGCGGAGUGCUUCAGUGUGCCUUGUCUCAUUUUGUGCGUUAAAGUGAUGCCGCAUUC